UGUGAGCGCAGCAGCUGAGUGAGCAAACAGCGGCAGAGACAUUAGGUUAUCUUCUGAGACCAUCAGACAUCGAUCUGUCACUUUUACCGCUUUGAGCAAAUUCUGUCUUCUUCGAGAAGUCCACAGCAACAGCAGCAGCAGCAGCGCCCUGAUCUGGUCUGGUCUAUUCGAACAGCCGCCUUUAGAAAAGAAAAGAAAAAAAAAAAAACUCCCAAACGCGGUCGUUUCAGCUGGCAUGAGCUAAUCUACGAGUCAGACAUGGAAACCAAACCAUUCUUGUCAUUGGGGUUCUUGAAGCCCCAGUGCUCUCUAGCUCCUCCGAUGCAGCGAGGUCGCUCAGGUGAGGCUUGUUCCUGUUUCAGUGGCAUGUGUCCCCUCCAUGAGCGCCGCCUAUCCACAGAUUCAUCAGGCCAGGUGACUUCUUCACCCUUGGGAUCGCCUACAUCCCACCGUGGAAUGCACCCAUCUCUACUUAGCCCUACAUCCAUGGGACCCUCCGGCCCUCUUCACUCUCCCAUUAGUACACUGAGCUCUCCAAUGAAUGGUUUGGCCUCACCCUUCUCUGUCAUCAGCUCACCCAUGGGCCCCCACUCCAUGAACUCGCCUGGCAUGGGCUAUGGUCCUAGUGUCAGCCCCCAGCUGAACUCUCCGAUGAACUCUGUCAGCAGUACGGAGGACAUAAAGCCCCCAUUGGGCCUCAACGGCGUGAUGAAGGUGCCUGCCCAGCCCUCAAGCACCGCUCUGUCACUCACCAAACACAUCUGCGCCAUCUGCGGUGACCGCUCCUCAGGUAAACACUAUGGCGUGUACAGCUGCGAGGGCUGCAAGGGUUUCUUCAAAAGGACUGUUCGCAAAGACCUGACUUACACCUGUCGUGACAACAAAGACUGUGUCAUUGAUAAACGCCAGAGGAACCGCUGUCAGUACUGUCGCUACCAGAAGUGUUUAGCCAUGGGCAUGAAGAGAGAAGUUUUGUUACAUGCAGCCGUUCAGGAGGAGCGCCAGCGAGCCAAGGACAAAAAUGAGAACGAGGUGGAGUCUACCAGCUGUGCCAACGAGGACAUGCCCGUGGAGAAGAUCCUGGAAGCUGAGGACGCGGUGGAACCCAAAACCGAGACCUACAUCGAGACCAACCUCGGUGUGCCGUCAAACUCGCCCAACGACCCAGUGACAAAUAUCUGUCAAGCAGCUGACAAACAGCUUUUUACCCUGGUGGAGUGGGCCAAAAGGAUCCCUCACUUCUCUGAGCUGCCGCUGGACGAUCAGGUCAUCCUUCUACGAGCAGGUUGGAACGAACUCCUCAUUGCAUCUUUUUCGCACCGUUCGAUAGCGGUUAAAGACGGGAUUCUGUUGGCGACGGGGCUGCACGUCCACCGCAACAGCGCCCACAGUGCUGGAGUGGGCGCCAUCUUUGACAGAGUGCUGACAGAGCUGGUGUCAAAGAUGAGGGACAUGCAGAUGGAUAAGACAGAACUGGGAUGCCUUCGAGCUAUUGUCCUUUUCAACCCAGACUCUAAAGGUCUGUCUAACCCAGGUGAAGUAGAAGCUCUGAGAGAGAAAGUCUAUGCGUCUUUAGAGGCCUACUGCAAACAGAAAUACCCCGAGCAGCCUGGCAGGUUUGCUAAGCUGCUGCUCCGAUUGCCUGCGCUGCGCUCCAUCGGCCUCAAGUGUCUAGAGCACUUGUUCUUCUUCAAGCUCAUCGGUGACACACCCAUUGACACCUUCCUUAUGGAGAUGCUAGAAGCCCCACAUCAAAUGACAUAA